ACUAGUUACUGAGUCAAAGAAGAAGAACAAUGAAAAGAUUGUCAAGGACAAAAUGAGCCAAACAUUCGCCCUCAGACGACACGAAAUCAUCAAUCUGUGUCCAAGUGUUCGAACAAUGAAGGACCGCUGGCCUGCCCUAUUUGACUCUUCUCAAAUAAAUGCAGAGUUUCAAAGAAUAGCAAUGGUGCAUCUGGAGCCAAAAUUUUUGUCUGCUUUGGACAUGCACACUUCCAUGCUACUGACACUAUUUCGUGCCAGAGGUGGAGCACUCGGAGAGAGACUAAAAAAUAUAAUGGAACUGCUCAAGGACUCAGCAUCCCCUUCUGUUGAAAGGACCAGAAAGGUUGUCCUUCGGUGCCUUACAGAGUAUCUUGGCGAACAUGGGGAACAUCUCAUCAAAGAAUUCAAUGACACUGAUGACUUUGAGGAAAUUGAACAGCUCACUGUGGCAAUCACUGUUAGAAACUUUGGAGCUUCGACAAGUGACAGAACAAGAGACAUUGCUGUUGUUAUUGAGGGUGUUGAGGUCAUCAGAGGACUUGAAAGUAUUGCCAGGUUUUGCUCUCUCCUCCUUGGCCUGACCUAUGCACUGAAUCUCACUUAUCCCAAGCCGCUGAAGUAUACAUUUGAAGUAUUCCAAAAAUUUUUCUUGGAACUGGAUGCUUCAAAGCUGUCUAACAAGGUGCAGUCCCUGAAGAAUAAACAUCUGGCUUGAAGUCACUGUGUACCUACACAGUAUACAUACAUUCAGUGCUAACACUUUUUUCAACACAUCCAGUUCAGUAUUCUCCGAAGUGCUAAGUUUUGUGGUGCAAGUUAGAACUGAUUUUCACCCGCACUACUGCGGCCAGAGAUCGACUUUCUUUUGACUUUCUUUUUUAGCUGAAAUUGAGAACUUCAAUUCUCAAUUCAAAUUGGUUAUUCUAAAUAGUUCAAGUGUUUGUGCUGAAGUGUAAGGACAAGUCAAGUGUUAGUGUUGGAGUGUAAGGCCAAGUUUAAAACAAAACAAAAGAAUCCUGUAACUAUGUCUGUGACAUUCCAUUCUUUGGUUUUCUUGAGUGAUUUGAGUGGUAUGUAUUUUAUUUACA